AUAGGUUUUAUUUUUUUCUUCAGAUCGACAGCUAUCACAGAAGAGAAAGCCGCAUCGCCGCCUUUGAUAGUUUUCUGUGCUGAUAAUGGUUUCAGUGAUCCCUCACUGAUCACUGGGAUGAAGGACUUUGCUGGAAGCUGUUGAAGGAUUUUCUGACUGAGUGUUUAUAUCUUUCUCAAGAGCGUGAAAAAUGGAGGAGAAAGAUAAGCCACUGAUUUUGGUGUUCCUAAUCCUAUUCAUCGGACAUGUUUCAGGAACAGCCAUCCCACCGCCUAGAAAUGUGAAAGUGCAUAUUUCAGAAGGUGAAGUAAUACUUCAUUGGGAAAAUCCUGAAAACGCCCCUCCAUACGCGAUGUAUAACGUUCAAAUGAAAAAGUAUGUCGCAGAUGACUGGGCUAAUGUUUCCAGCUGCGUGGGGAUUGCAAGGACCUACUGUCUCCUUAGCACAGAUAUAGAAAAAAUAAACGAAUAUACAGCUGCCUAUUUAGUCAGAGUUCAGCUCGUCGAAGGAGAUCAAUCAUCUAAAUGGGAAAAGAAAAAAUUUUUACUAAACGAAGGUGAAUUGCAGCCUCCAUCUUUUAGUUUGAGGGCUACUUCCAGCACACUUACAGUCCUUGUCCAUGAAAAUCCCAUCUUGAGAAAAAUCUUUCCAUAUGGCGUUACCUACAAGUUGUAUUUGGAGGUAGCUGGUCGAGAAAACAAGACUACCAGAGUUUACCUUGAAGACGGCGAGGGAAAGCCUGAAGGGAGGACAAAGACUUUCACUGGUCUCCAGUGGGGAAAAAAUUACUGCAUCAGCGUCGAAGUCAAAGCCAAUGGUUAUUCCACCAAAAGCAAAGUGUCUGCAAAACAGUGUCAGCUCCUCCCAGAGCAAGAAUUCUACAUAAUAGCUGUAACAUCCCUGUCUCUUCUGGGGAUCCUGGUAGUUGCGAUCUGUAUUCUGUUGGUUUACCUAAGGCGGCCUGCGAAAACACCUGUAGCUUUGAAAUCCCCUGUGAGUGGCUGGGAGCCACUUUCUGUCACAGAAGGGUCGAUGGAGGUGAUCACAGACAAAGGAUGGUUUCUUUCCAGUUACAGACCUGACGUAAAACCCUCAGUGAGUCUCCCCGAGACCAACCUUACGAUAAUAGACGACGGCGAGGAGGAGAACAGGAGGACCAGCUUGGACAGUGGGGUCAGCGUGGAGGCGAACUCAGCGGCAGACAACAGAGGACAACGUCAAGAGAGACAAGAGGACAGUGGCUGCGGGAGCAUGGGAAGCCCGGAGAUCUCAGCCCACAGUCACACAGAUUACCCCAUGCAGGAUGAAAGCCUGGAAGCGGACGACGUCAGCAAGAGGGAGGACAGUGGGAUGGGCUUGGGCUGCCCACACCAUUCCUCUUUCUUGAAACUUGACAGCCAGGACACAAAAUCCCUUGUCGAGACAGUCAUUGUUGGGAACUACCGCACCCAGAGCCCGUCUGAGAUGCAGGUUCGAAGCAGAGAUAGCGAGAACAUGUUAAAACAGAUCCCUGCACACUCAGCGCUGGCUGACGUGGUGACGGGAUACAAGCCCGGGCCGCUAUCCUGUAUCUGUUCGCAAACAGGCCAGUGCAGCUGGUGCCACAGACACGGCAGUUACGGACCCGAAGGAACCAAACUGUGCAAGGCAGUGGGUAUCAAAAACGUGCUGCUUGGCGGGACGAGUGACCUGGUGGACUCUAGCAGAGUCGGAAAAACACACUUGGACUCUGUUAUAAACAAUUUGGAAGAGUCUCUUUUACAUGUGUCUGACACAUUUCUUCUACUGACGUCUAGAUACGAGCAGCACAGCAACAUGAACAAUGUAUCCCUCUCCCUCUGUGACGUUCAGCUGACAACUGACUAAUAUGGUGUGGAACGCAACACUAUUCACACAUGACGUUACAUCACAUUGAAUAUUUUGAAACGGAAGUGAAUAUGUUACGAAAUCCUCUGAAAGAUUCAGCCGGUAGGACGAAACAAAUCAAGUCGCACUCAGGCGGGGGAAAAAAAAUCAAUUUAGAUUGCAAAACUACUGACUAUUAACCAUCCCUGACGCCUUGUGAGCUUGUUGAUUUGAGGAGUUCUUAAAGCCUGCUUCUCUGGGUGUAUCGUUGACUGACUGAACUGCACAUGCCGGAAAUGAAACCAGUACGAGGAGCACUAUGAAAAAAAAUCGUUUGACAGUUACCCAGUUCAACCUUUCACGAUUUCACCUCCUCCGUCUGCGAUGCGUCGUCUUUCAAGUUUUUUUUUUCUUUUUAAUGGAGAAUCACUUCACGUACUCCUGCAGUAUUAAACGGAGCAAACAUUCAUGUCCUUGUUUUCACUGAUGUCUGAUAGAUCGCUGUUUUUGCUUCGGCCUCAUUUGCCUCAGCAAGUAGCCAUCCUUGACUGCAUCCCGUUGAGACUAUUUAUGUUGUGUUUCUAUAAAUAAAUUUAUUUAUUUCGUAUUUCA